ACCGCGAUGUUGCUGCCGCUGCUCGACAUCAGCCGCUGCUGCUGCUUCUGCCUCGUCCUGGCUGUUGCGUGGGUGGCCGGCGCGCCCAGCAACCUCCAGAUGGCGGGCUCGUACCAGGUGCGUCUGGACCACUUUGAGCGGUGCGAGGACGAGGGCACGGGGGAGGUGGUCUUCUCCACCGAGCUGAACGCCGGCGAGGGCGGCAAAACGUACUCCACCAACUGGACCUGGCCCCACGACGUCGACGACCAGAUGCCGGUGAGUGGGGCGCUCCCUCGUACGUGCAACGGGAGGGUUGUGGACAGUCCAGUGCAGGAGAAGACAUCGUCCUCAAACUUCCAGAGUUAA